ACGGUAGAGCUACAACAUAUUCUGUUAUUUUUUAUAAUGCUAAAACGAUGGCCUUAUGAAAAGCAGUGCAUUCGAUUAAAAAAUAAAGGAAUAGUCAUUGUUUGUCGUUUUGUUAAACUGUGUCAUUUCGAAAUUACAAAAACUGAAUAAAAUGAGAAGCUUCGUCAUUUGGAUUCUCGCGGCGGAAAGUUUAUAUUCUGUGUUUGCAUUAUAUACCGAUUGCACAUGGACAUAUUUUGAUAAUGAAGUGGUGGUAAACUGUUCUGGAAGAGGUUUGACAUCAAUACCAAGGUUUAAUGACAGUGUCACCUAUCUAGACUUAAGUCACAACAGAUUCUCAUCCAUUCCCGUGAAAUCAUUGCCUAAUAAUUUGAAACAUCUUGAUAUUUCUUGGAAUAAUAUAAAACAAAUAAAAGGUAGGACAUUUGAAUUUUUAUCAAAGCUGAAGUUUCUAGAUUUGUCUUACUGUAAUCUACAGGACGUUGACAGAGCAGUCUUUGGAGAGCUGAUAAAUCUGCAGCAUCUUAAUCUUUCAUAUAACAGAGAACUAGGAUUUGCCUCUUUGCCUAAUAUAACGUUUCACCUAAACAAAACAAAAAUGUUGUCUUUAAUCAUUGAUGGAAUCAAUUGUGCGACAGGAAUUGGUACAUAUAUCAGGAAACAUCAUUUGGAUGGGAUUCGAACAACUCAUUUGAGAAAACUGUCACUUGCUAAUAACAGGCUUGAACUUUUUGAACGUGGUGUAAUUUAUAACUUACCGAAAACUUUAAUGUUUUUUUCAAUAGCAGGGAAUAAGGUGACUGCUGGUGAAUACCUUAUUGAAAUGCACACAAUGUCAAACGUCAGAGUAAUCGAUAUGAGUUAUCAAUAUCACCCACAGGUAAACUAUCCCUACUCAGUUCUAGAGAAUUGCGAAGAGAAAGUUGAAAAAGAAAGGAAAACUCGUUUUAAAGGUUUCAAUACUCAAGCGGUACUAAGCGGACCAAAUUGGAGUAUGCCUCUGCCUCCAAAUUUAGAGACUUUGUAUUUGCAAUCUGGCAGAUAUAUAAUUAAAAAUCCAAGUUUUUCCCUUAUAGCACCGAAUCUACGGCAUGUAUAUUUACAAAAUAAUUUUAUCAUGUCUAAUAGUGGUCGAAUAAUAUUCCCAAACAAUACCAUAAUUACAUGUGAUAUUUCAAACAAUAUAUUUUCCCAUAAUCCAGUGAAUGAUGGCCGUCACAUGAAGUACUUGAAUAUUUCAAACAACAGGUUCGAUAAAAGUUUUAUGACAGACACAGAUGGUACAAUAUUUGCAACUUAUACUAGUUUGGAGGUAAUAGAUAUGUCUUUCAAUAACAUUUUCUCUCUCCCAACGAUGCUACUUAAGAACUCACACAAGUUGAGGUACAUAAAUGCUAGCAACAACAGACUAUCAAACUGGAUGGUAGAUCUGACUGAAAUGCCAAAUCUAAUAUCAUUAGAUUUGUCUGAAAACAAAUUUACAACUUUAAGUGAAGGAGACCGCAACCAUUUUGAAAAGGCGUUUCAGAACUCUAAUUUGUCUAUCAAUUUGUUUAGAAAUGGGAUAACUUGUACGUGUGAAAAUCAAGAAUUCUUGAUUUGGAUACAAAAGCACAAAAAACAUUUUCUAAACUUUGAAAACUACACUUGUUCUACAAAACGUACUUAUUUUGAUUUCAAAAAUCUAAGAUCUUCCUUAGCCAUCCUGAAAAAGCAAUGCGCGUCAUACUUAGGCUGGUACAUUGCUUGUGCAGUCACAUUAGCGACAUUCCUAACUUUUUUAAUAAGUGUACUACUUGUUCGAAACAAAUGGAAAAUACGGUAUCUUAUUUACAAAUUCAGGCAAAGAUUUGGGUUUGUAGCUCCAUUCAAAAAGCAUUUGCCAACCACAAUGCAUUAUCAAUAUGACGCCUUCAUUUCCUAUUGUGGGCGUGAAUUGAUGUUUGUUCUCAAAGAAGUCUUACCUAGGAUCGAGGUUGACAAAAAUUUAAGACUCCUGAUCAGAGACCGGGACUACAUACCGGGUAUUCCUAAAGUUGACACCAUUAUGAGCAGUCUACAGGAAAGCAAACGGACAGUUUGCAUAGUGUCCAAAAAGUAUUUGGAGUCUAAGUGGCGUGACUAUGAACUAAACAUGGCUAAAGUAGAAGGCAUCAAAGAUCGUGGAUCUCUUGAUUAUGUCAUUCUUAUACUGUUACCUGAAGUUUAUAACGAUGAAAUUCCGCAUAAAAUCAUUGAUCUGAUUCGGAAAGACCGCUACAUUGAGUAUCCGAUGGAAUCCUGCGCUUAUGAUGAUUUCUGGGAUCGAUUAAUCAAGAUGAUUGAAGAAUAACUGUUGCUUGACUUAUCGAUUAUGAUUAUUUUGAACUUAUUUUAUAAAUACAUUUCUUCACAUUGUUUAAAUAGAAGAUACUUACUAUAACAUUUGUUUAGUUUUCUUUUUUUGGUGAUCUUUAUUUUCUUAUCAUCUCUUUUUUUUAACUGAACUUUGAUGUUACAGAUUGAAUUGGACGUUUAUUGAUCCUAGAGUUAUUCAACUUUCAACUAAUUGGUAUUUGAUUUUUAUCGAACAUGACAUGUUUAGGCAAAACGAAUGUAUCCAUAUACAAUCUUUAUUUAACAUUUUUUUAAAUUUAAAUUUGCCUAAUUAAUCUGCCCGGACUAAUGUAGAGAUCAAACAUGAUUCCAGUGAUAACUUAUUCAUAUAGAAGAAUUGGAUGUCAAAAUUAUAAAC